AUGGUAGUCUCCGCUACUUCCUGUGAUGAUUACCACCAGAGAAAUGAACUUGGUGCUCUUAAGAAAGGAGGGAUCAUCUCAAGCUUCAUCCCGCUGACUUAUUCCAGUAGUGUUAAAGCAGCACGCCACAGGAGAUAUAGUGCCGUAGACCCCACCAAUCUUUCUGCCGCUCCUCUGCCUACCAAGAAGAGACAAAGUGUGUCAAUUAACACUGAAGACUUACCCCGUUACCAACGAGCUUCAAAGCAGGAGGUCCUAUCUCGGGAAGCCGGUAGUAGCAAAUGGUACCCCAGACAUGCUCUCAGUGUCCCAAAUAUCCCCAUGCGAAGUAAGACACCUACUCGUAGCGUUGUAUCAGCUCCUGCCACCACAAAAUCUCACAGGAUGCGUUGUAAGCUCAUGUAUGAUGAUCGACAGCUCUUCAACCUAACUAACCGCCAGACUCGGCAGAGGUAUGUUACCAAGGAUGGGAAGUGUAGAGUCAACCUUGGACGCAUUGAUGAAAAGAAGAGAUUUUUGUCAGACAUUUUUACAACCGUUGUGGAUCUAAAGUACCGCUGGUUCAUUUUUGUUUUCAUGUUGUGUUAUGUUGUCACCUGGGUUGGAUUUGCAGUUAUUUAUUUUUUGGACGCCUUCCUUAGAGAUGAUGUGAAUCACAUUGGAGAACCUGAGUGGAAGCCUUGUAUUGACAAUGUAGACUCAUUCCUUUCUGCCUUACUUUUUUCUUUGGAAAGUCAAAGGACAAUUGGCUAUGGGACCAGGAUGGUAACCGCCUAUUGUCCCGAAGGGGUAAUAUUGCUUAUGGCUCAGUCAAUCAUAGGGUCAGUGAUUGAUGCUCUUAUGGUGGGCUGUAUGUUUGUUAAGAUCUCCAGGCCUAAAAAAAGGGCUGAAACAUUGAUCUUCAGUAAGAAAUGUGUCGUGUCUCACAGAGAUGAAAAGCUGUGCUUAAUGUUUAGGAUUGGUGAUCUGAGAGACAGCCACAUGGUCGAUGCCAAGAUAAGGGCUAAACUGAUCAAAUCUCGUCAGACUAAGGAAGGGGAGUUUAUUCCAUUGGAACAGUCAGAGAUUAACCUCGGUUAUGAUACCGGAGAAGACCGUCUUUUUCUUGUGGAGCCUCAGAUCAUCUGCCAUUUUAUCAACGACCAUAGUCCCUUUUGGGAAAUGAAUGCAGAGUCAUUGAAACGGGAACAGUUUGAAAUUAUAGUGAUACUUGAGGGCAUUGUUGAAGCCACAGGUAUGACAUGUCAGGCUAAGACAUCUUACACUGAAGAUGAAAUACUGUGGGGUCAUCGUUUUGAGCCCUGCAUGACUCUGGAGAAAGGCGCCUUCCGUGUUGACUACAGCCACUUUGAUAAGACUUUUGACGUGCAAACACCCUGGGGAAGCGCAAAGGAGAUGCAAGAGCUCAAAGAAAUGGAGCAGAACGAUCGGUCCACUCUCAGCCUCUACUGGGACAAUAUGUAUCAGACUUGUAUCCCUCAGGAUGGUAACACAGUCCAUGGGUAUGCCGGUCAGGCCAGCCACGACAAGGCUGAAUUUCACAGCAUAGCGGAAGAAGGGAGCCGAGAGUCUGUCAGUAAUGAUCUUGACCUUUGAUACAGCUGUGUAUCCGUAAUUUCACACUGCACACAACAAUGUGUAUUCCUU